ACUGCACUCUGACCACAUAGUUAUUGGUGUGUGUGUUGGUGUGUGUGUGUGUGAGUGUGUGUACUUGGUGCCGUUGUGUGUAUAGAAGAGCCUGCCGAACAUGCUUGUGAGGGACAAGCGCAGUGCAAGAGCCUCGCUGCAUCGUCAGCUGGAAGCCGUGUUUGGAGCCGAGACCAGCAGCCAGGGCAAGGACAAGGGCAAGGGCAAGAGCAAGAGCAAGAGCAGGUCUCGUCGUCAAGGUGAAAGGACAAGCCGCUCGACAGCGUCAUCGACUUCGGGAUCGACUUCGGGUUCGGGUUCGGGUUCGGGCUCGGGAUCGGGUUCGAGCUCGUCGGGUCUGGAGUGGUCGGAAGAGCGAUGGGGGACAGGCAUGCCGCCUGGAGUGCUGAUGUUGUCCAAUGCUGGGAUUGGAAAUGAGGGCGCGAAAGAGGUGGCAAGAGAGGUGAAGAGUGAUGGAAAGAGGGAGGUGCCGCGAGUGACAGACGUGCAUCUCUCGCACAACUACAUCGGUGACAAGGGCGCGGCGUAUCUGGCCUACGCCGGAGCGCAUCUCACCUCGCUCUUCCUCGGCGCCAACGAGAUCGACGACACGGGUAUCCGGGCGAUCGGCGCCAUGCUGCGGCGGCGUGGGUGCGCGCUUCGGGUUCUCUCGCUGUGGGGAAAUAGCUUUGGUCCGCGCGGUGCGCUCUCGCUCGCCCGCGGCAUCAAGCGGUCCAAAACGCUCAGGCAGCUCGAUGUCGGUAACAACUCGGCAAUGGGCGAGGAGGGCAUGCGAGCGCUGGCCAAGGCGCUCCGCGGCAACUCGACGCUCGAAUCGCUCAACCUCUCGCGCAACGGCAUGGACGACGCCGGGCGCAUACACUCGUCAAGGGUCUUGCCGGCAACCGUGGCCUGGUCGAACUCGAUCUCUCGCGCAACGCCAUCGGCAACGCCGGGGCGCGGCAGCUCGCCAAGCUAGUUGCCGCACAUGGCUCGGUCCUCGCCAGCCUCAACCUCCGGCACAACACCAUCAGCAACCGCGGGGCGCGGCAUCUACUCCAGGCCUAUACCGCACAUGCUGCCGACAUCAACAUCAACGGCAACGCCUCUGUCUCACGCAAGUACAUCCGUCGUCUCCGGGUAGCCGGCCUUUCUGCCACCGGCACCCUCGGCGGCGAGCUGAUCCGGGCCGAGGAGAGUGACAAUCGCGAUUGAAGGCUUCUGAGGCAGCGAUGUCGCGUCAGAACAGACCCCACUACUGCUAGCUAGAGCCGUAUCACACAGUACAUGAAUGUGUUGC